CGUGGUGUUCAGUUCCAGGAAAUUAGAGUGAGACAAGCUGUCUAAUUGAAUAACCCAAACUUGACUCUCCAUCUGAGCAUCGACAAAAUAAAAGCCCGCUCAUCUUCCCCUCAACUUUCCCUCCGCAUCACCCCAACCCCACCACGAUGCAGUCCGUCCCAGAAUCACGACAGCAGUCCUUCGAGGAGAUCUACGGACCUCCCGAGAACUUCCUCGAGAUAGAAGUCCGCAACCCCCAAACCCACGGCACAUCUCGCAACAUGUACACGUCGUACGAGAUUGUGUGCCGGACCAACAUCCCCGCCUUCAAAUUGAAACACUCCGUCGUGCGCCGCCGGUACUCCGACUUCGAGUAUUUCCGCGAUAUCCUGGAGCGCGAGAGCACGCGCGUCACGAUACCCCCGCUCCCCGGGAAGGUUUUCACCAACCGGUUCAGCGACGACGUCAUUGAGCACCGCCGCGAGGGUCUGCAGCGCUUCCUCCAGAUCGUUGCUGGACAUCCUCUUCUGCAGACGGGGAGUAAAGUGCUCGCUAGCUACAUACAAGAUCCCAACUGGGACCGCAAUGCAUGGUAGAUGACUAUUGCCUUCACCAUUAAUUCAUUAACGAGAAGCAUGCCUCAUUCUCAGGAUUGGCUGGGCCUUGCAUUCGGCCUCUCUGGAUUUCCUUUCUCAACUUCAUCUCCAGUCGACCCCCCUUCUUCUCCUGCUCUCUCACUCUCAUAUCCUUUCCACGGCAGACAUCUUUCACGAUUGAAAAAGGUUACCCGCAGUGUUUGCUUGAUUUUUUAUGCUCGUUUGAUAUCCGAAUCCACCGCUUCUUUCUUCCCAAUAAGAUGCAAAUAUAUGCAAGUGCAGGUUUUAUUUGUUAUCUUAAUUGGACAGGCGCUUUUCCUGGUUUUUCUUUUGUCAAUUUACCAUUACUGUUUCAUUUUGGUCUCAUAUUUUGCGACGCUAUCUUUAUCCAGAGUGAGAACACCAGACUUGUUGCAUCUCUUUCUCCUUAGUGUGAAUCUGAUUAUCAAUGACAUUGAAC